AUGGGAACAGAGGAAGAGGGCCAGUUUGAGGUGGAAGGAGACAAGACAGACAUUUUAGAAGAGUUCCUGCAACAUAGUGUGUCUGGGCUGAUUGGUGAAGGAAAGGAUGACUUUUACAUUUUCCAGAUCAUUGGUAGCGGUGCUACAGCAGUUGUCCAAGCAGCGCUAUGCAAACCCAGGCAAGAACGCGUAGCAAUAAAGAGGAUCAACUUAGAAAAAUGCCAAACCAGUAUGGAUGAAUUACUUAAAGAAAUUCAAGCAAUGAGUCAAUGCAAUCACCCUAAUGUGGUGACCUAUUACACAUCUUUUGUGGUGAAGGAUGAACUUUGGCUGGUUAUGAAGCUGUUAAGUGGGGGUUCAAUGUUGGAUAUAAUAAAGUAUAUUGUCAACAGAGGAGAACACAAAAAUGGUGUCCUUGAAGAACCCAUAAUAGCAACAAUUCUUAAAGAAGUUUUGGAGGGCUUAGACUAUCUACACAGAAAUGGGCAAAUUCACAGAGAUUUGAAGGCGGGCAACAUUCUUCUGGGUGAGGAUGGCUCGGUACAAAUAGCAGAUUUUGGCGUUAGUGCAUUUUUAGCAACAGGAGGUGAUGUUACUCGUAACAAAGUAAGGAAAACAUUUGUUGGUACUCCAUGUUGGAUGGCCCCUGAAGUAAUGGAGCAGGUGCGAGGUUAUGACUUCAAGGCUGAUAUGUGGAGUUUUGGGAUAACAGCCAUUGAAUUAGCAACAGGAGCAGCACCUUAUCACAAAUACCCUCCUAUGAAAGUGUUAAUGCUGACACUUCAAAAUGAUCCUCCCACUUUAGAGACAGGUGUAGAGGACAAGGAGAUGAUGAAAAAGUAUGGCAAAUCCUUUAGAAAACUAAUUUCAUUAUGUCUUCAAAAAGAUCCUUCCAAAAGGCCCACAGCAGCAGAACUUUUAAAAUGCAAAUUUUUCCAGAAAGCCAAGAAUAGAGAAUACCUGAUUGAAAAGCUUCUCACUAGAACGCCUAAUAUAGCACAAAGAGCAAAAAAGGUCAGACGAGUACCAGGUUCCAGUGGUCACCUCCAUAAAACAGAAGAUGGGGACUGGGAAUGGAGUGAUGAUGAAAUGGAUGAGAAAAGCGAGGAAGGCAAAGCUGCUGUUUCUCAGGAGAAGUCACGGAGAGUGAAAGAAGAGGAGAACACAGAGUCUCAGCCUGCUGUUAGUGAUGAAUAUAGUGAAGUUCCAUGUGCAGUGAAUCUUGUCUUAAGAUUAAGGAACUCCAGGAAAGAACUUAAUGACAUACGGUUUGAGUUUACUCCAGGCAGAGACACAGCAGAUGGCGUUUCUCAGGAGCUGUUCUCUGCAGGCCUGGUUGAUGGCCAUGAUGUAGUUAUAGUCAAAGAAGUUAUAUCAAUUGGCUCAGAUAUCAUUACCAAAAUCCUCAAUGAUAUGGAGAGUGUUUUACAAAUCU